GAUAAUAUUAUCUUCCGUCGAUCCAUCAAGUCAUCCCCACUGUCACUGGCAGCGGUCAACAAGUGGAUUUAAACCAUUACCACCACCAGCCGUACCAUAUCGCUUCACUGCAUCAAGCGAUCUUACCCGUGACCUACCUCCACUAUCUCCGCUUUUGGCAUCAACUUGUUCCUGGCGUCAGUUCAGCAGCCUCUUAUGAAGAUGUGGUCACUGAUAUUCCUCUCAGUGUUGGCUUGCAGCAAUAUUGCUCUCGGGCAAGAGAGGGGUAAUAUAAGGCUGGCACUAUUCGUUACUUCGGAGCAGAUACAGGCCUACGAGAACUUCCAAUCUGGUUUCACUUGGUCCAAACUACAGCAAAGCCUGCGGACCGAAACACGACAAGGGAUUGACUGGGUUCUUUCAAGGAAUGCAGGCUUCCCCUACGACAUGUCCGUGUCCAUUGCUGAUAUACAACGAGUGGAUAGCCGAACUGCCGACCCGUGGAUUCAAUCCGCCGCGCGAUAUGAUGGAGAUGGGUUCGUCCAGUUAGCUGAGUACGCCAAAUCGCAUUCAUCUGGGUACGAUUUGGCUGCGCUCAUCUUCUCAGAUGCCGAGCAAAAGCGAUACAAUGCCCCCUAUGGUUUUGCCCCCAUCGGCGCCGCCUGCUCGAAAUGGCCAGUGCUCGUCGUGAACGGACAGAUCUUUAACACCGGAGAAGGAAUUUGGUCUUGGCUGAUCGCACAUGAGAUAGGACAUCAGCUUGGCGCAGAGGAAGGGCCGUACGACAAGUCCGACGCAUGCUAUGACAUCAUGUCCGCAACUCCGUCGGAUCUAGACAAGCACAAGCUGUGGAGCCGGUGUUCGUGGGAUGCAGUUGAGAAGACCGCAAUGUCUGAAGGACUAAAGUGCCUUGGCCUUUAUGCCAAAAAGUAAAGGGAGAGUACCCCUAUAGGUUAAGAGGGAUCCCAAACGCAGUGUCAAUGAAAAGCUUCUGAACAUUGUCAAAUUCUCUUGUAAGAGUGUGAUCGACCUUACCAAUCGAAAAAUAAAAAAUAUUGUCAAAUAUUAUAUAA